GAUGAAGAGGGGAAGGGAGACAUUAGGGGAGGUCUGCUCAGCUGUGGGCCUGCAGAAGGAAGGAAGGAUCUGCGAUAACCUCCACCAUGGCCUGGUCUCCUCUCCUCCUCAUCUUCCUCGCUCACUGUACAGUGUCCUGGGCCCAGUCUAGGUUGACUCAGCCGCCCUCAGUGUCUGGUUCUCUGGGCCAGAGGGUCACCAUCACCUGCUCUGGAAGCAGCUCUAAUAUCGGUAGUUAUAGUGUGAACUGGCACCAACAAUUCCCAGGAAUGGCCCCCAAAACCAUCAUCUAUAGUAAUAACAAUCGACCCUCCGGGGUCCCAGAUCGAUUCUCCGGCUCCAGGUCUGGCAACACAGGCACCCUGACCAUCACUGGGCUCCAGGCUGAGGACGAGGCUGAUUAUUACUGCUCAGCAUGGGACAGCAGUGGCAGUGGUUAUGUUUUCGGCACAGGGACCAAGGUGACCAUCCUCGGUCAGCCCAAGUCCGCGCCCUCAGUUACCCUCUUUCCACCCUCCAAUGAGGAGCUCAGCGCCAACAAGGCCACCCUGGUGUGCCUCAUCAGUGACUUCUACCCCAGCGGCUUGACGGUGGCCUGGAAGGCAGAUGGCACCCCCGUCACCCAGGGCGUGGAGACCACCAAGCCCUCCAAACAGAGCAACAACAAGUACGCGGCCAGCAGCUACCUGAGCCUGUCACCCAACCAGUGGAAAUCUCGCGGCAGAUUCACCUGCCAGGUCACGCACGAGGGGACCAGCGUGGAGAAGAGUGUGGUCCCUGCAGAGUGCUCUUAGGUUCCCAAGGCUUCCGGGAUGGGGGCCUUCCUCACCAGACACCCCUUCCCCAGUCCACUGUGUAGCCCUGAGAACCAACCCCUGGAUCAGCUCAGACCAGGCAGGUCACACGCCCUCCCUAUUUCUACUUGUGCUCAAUAAAGACCUUAGCACAUAUCACUGA